AUGCCGCCCAUGAGAAUGUUUCGAUCCAGGGGGAGAAGUGGAGUAGCAUUGCAUCCGUUGCGAUCUCAAAGGUUUCACCACUGUGGUGGGCGUGGCUUGCCUGAACCUGGUUACUCCCACGGGAUGACCAAUCCUGGGAUCUCGUUUGCGGCUGGGGAUAGCCUCUACUUUGUCCGUUACUUGUUCCGGCAUCCUUGUGGAAAUAUUGACUGGAUGUCGAUUCAACGAGGUCUGUCUUCCGCUCUACUUCGCGCUCUUCUAUCGUUCCGCGCGGUCGGACCACCGAAAAGCCAAGCGGCAUUCCUAAAUGCUGAGUCGAAGCAGCAGGAUGUGAUAACGGCUAGUCUUGGACCGACUAAGCGUCAAUCCUUGAAAUCACACCCUGGAGUUGUAGCAGGCAUCAGAGAUUACGAUCGGCAUCGGAGUCUUGUCUCCGGGGUACACAAACCGCAUGAUGGCGAAAAAGGGGAGAAUUCACGCAUAGACAGAUCCAUCGCGGACGGCACAAAGCUCUGGGGACAACGGUCUAGAACCUGCCUGUGCUCGUUCGAGGCAGUCGCCGGGACGGGAGGGGUUCACCUAUUGCAGCGCACUCAUGGGGAACCUGAAGCCGGGACAGGUGGAUUGUGGGUGGAGAGCGACAAUCUCCAUAUGACCUGGGGUAUGAACCGGGCAUCUGCCGUUGCGGAGGGCAAACACCAGCUCCACAUACAUCCCAACAGUAUUCAGCCCGGUGCCCAUCCCUGCCCUUUGCGACAACCGUCCGACGUCAGAGUAUGGGGUAUCGACUCAGUGGGGAGAAUUCCAAGGCCAGAGAGGAUGGUGAUACGAACUCCCAGCCGGGGAUGGGAAGGCAGCAGCAUGGUCCAGUUUCUGCUCCGACCGGCAAUCGCGGACAGUAGUAGCGUAAAGGGUGCCCUCUCAACCUGGGGGGAACCCGAGGCCCGAGGAGAAACCAUUGCAAUUUGGCAAGGGCGGGCGCAGGGCAGGGAGAGAAAGAACGAGACGUUUGAGCAAGUAGUCGCGAUAGAUUGCAAAUUGCGGAGUCUGGGGGAGAACAGAGAGAGAGGCCAAAGUGGAGGGAACGGAAAGUUGGGAACUCCGGGCGGGCGGGACGCAGUUCUCGCGUCGGAUCCGAGCUGGUCCCGAAGCAGGUGCCUGCCUGAGGAUGAUUCUCCAACAAUUACAACAACAAACACCUCCAACGCGAAAUGGAUGCCUGACUCCCUGCCUGACUGCCGGAAGGGUUUGGAAAUGCCG